GAGUAGAUGAGAAGAUGGCUCAGUCAAACGAUCCAUUUUUAGAAAAUCAACAUGGACUUUAGUUAUUAUAGUUAUUGCCCUGUACAAUACAAACGUAGUUUGAUAAGGUUCCUAUUCAACAGGCUUGAUAGUAUUUGUACAAAUGAUGCCAUUGAUGAUGAUGUUAAGUUGUUAAAUAAAACAUUAAUGGAAAAUGGCUAUCCUCUGAAAUUCAUAAGUAGAUGGGAAGUCCAUGGUACAGUGAGACCUACUGUAGCCUUGGUAGAAAAAAAGCCUGUCUACAUCACCUUACCAUUCAGAGGUGAUUCAACUAGCCUUUUAUUAAAAACAAAGGCUAAUAUCAGUCAUCAACAAAACAUAUUGCGCAUCAAAGGUCAUUAUCAAAGAAAGAACAAGGUUCAUGCUUCAUCCAGAACCUAAAAGACAUGAAAACGAUUGUGUCACAUCCCACUGUGUUUAUCAGUUUAAAUGUGUGUGUGGUCACACAUGCAUAGGGAGGAACAAUCGUGGUCUCAAAAUUAGGAUGUGUGAACAUAUACCAAAAUGGUCGCAGAAACAAACACAAUCAAGGCACCUAAUAAGAGCAGAGGAUAAACAUCCAUCAUCCUUUAUUGCUAAACAUAUAAUCG